AUGGAUGCACAGGCAGUUCCCGUCAUCGCCGAUAUCGAUGUUUCAGAUACAACAGGGAUGGGACAGACCCGUGUCACCUGUUUUAGGAAAAUGAGGGGCAAAGCAGAGGAGAAAGAUGGUGGUGCAAUGAUUAAUGGGCUUGGCUUGCUGGUCGGGGAGGCGUGGUACCUUUACCUGUGCGUUCGCCCGUGCUCCUGUGCCUUACCUGCUCUUGGACCUGUUCAUUGGUGGAUUGCUAGGCUGGCAGUGCCACACGAGCGUUUCCACCCCCUCUUCGCUUUCGACCCUGGGAAUGAUGGCGAGAUCGGACUUGGGGCUGAGGAAGCACGGCCUGGGAUGGACAGUCUGUCUGCUGAACUUGAGGAUUUCCAAAAACAGCUGGAAAUUGGCUGCCAGUCUGGGCUAGAGAGAAGGAUACACGGUAGUAAAACCCCCACGAUCCCAUCAAUAAAGCCAGUGCGGGAGACUAAUGCAUUGUUCACAUCUUUACUCAUCACGGUAAAGCUAAGGAUCCCCGCGCAUGGGGAUUCCAGGGAGAGCUGCUGUCAACCGGUGCGCUGUUUCUUCUCCAAUCUCCAUACCGGGGAGCACAUCAUCACUCUAGCAUGUGGCGUUAACUGUCCGCGUGCACCCCCAGAUGGACUCCUCUUUGUCCCGCAUCAACCAAAGGAGAUGCGUGCAGCAGCUGGGUGUCCUACUUUGACUUUGCUCCAGUUCAAGGAGGAACCUUAUCAAUGUCCUGAACGCGGCCAUGAUGGAUCCUGCUGGGGGGUUAAUGCUGUGCUCUUCGUUAAUCAGGAACAAGCUUCAAGCCAGUUAGUUCGGGCCUGA